CCGGUUUUCUCCUAACCGGAAUAAACCGAAGUAAACCGGAUAUCACAUCAUCCGUUCACUCUCUUUAGCUCUUAAGGCGAAAAAAGCUUAUCUUCUUCAUCAUCUCUUUCCUCAAUCGGAGUGAGCGCAAAAAAUCAAAAAUUCGCCGAGAGCACAAACCCUAAUGGCUUCUCUCUCAAUGGCUUCCGUUAACGUUAGCUUCUGUCAUCCUUUACGCUCUUCUUCUCCAAAGGUCUCACUUCGCAGUUCCGUUCAUUUCGCGACGAGUCUUUCCUCAAGUCACUCCAUUUCUGGGCUUCGCGCUGUUUUGCCUCUGAAGAUUUCUACAGUUGCUUCCCCCAAUUCUCAAAAGCUUCAUUCUUUUACCGUUUUCGCUCAUAAGGGCUACAAGAUGAAGACCCACAAGGCCUCAGCGAAGCGGUUCAGAGUGACGGGUAGAGGGAAGAUUGUGAGGAGGAGAUCUGGAAAGCAGCAUUUGUUAGCUAAGAAGAACAACAAGAGGAAAUUACGUCUAUCGAAAAUGACGGAAGUGAACCGGAGCGACUAUGACAACGUGAUCGGAGCUCUGCCCUACUUGAAAGUCAAUCGAAAGGCGACUUAAGCAGAGCAGGCUUGAUCCUUUUCUUACCUGCAAUUCUCAUUUUGUAAUCUAAAGUUGUGGUAAUAUCCUUUUGUAUUGUGAUAUAAUUUGGUCAAUGAGUUGAUUUUUGUUUCAUAUUUGUGUCUUCUUUUUCUUGUCUCGCAUGACAACUAUUCUAGGUGUAACAUAUACCUCAUCAACGAGUUUGGUCAUUGAUCAAUGAUUUGGGUUAAGAAAUCAGAGACAGAUAUAUCUUAAAAGACUUCAAAGUAUUAUAAU